GCUGCGGUAGGAGGAGAUAGAGAGGAGGUACGGGGGGAUACGGGGACUCCUGCAGGUUGAUUUCAGCAGCUCCGCACUCGCAGGUGGAGACGCGCACCGAUCCGGAGCUUCAUCUGACCCGAGCGCGCGCGCACACGCGCACUCACUCCCCGAAACGAAUAAAUGAAAUAAUGAAUACAGGAGCGCGUGUUGAAAGCAACUACACUGAGAGCAAAUGUGUCGCAGUCAGUCCAGUCCUCAUAUGACUCCCAGCCCGUUAAGAUUUGAUGAGCAGUUUUUGGAGAGCUCUCUGGAUUGAUCCCCGUGCGUUUCAGUCAUGAAGAACAGGAGGGAAUAUGUGGAAUACUGGAGCGCGAUCUUAGUGUCUCUCUUCUGGAUUCACAGCUCUGUCGGGAUGCCUCAUGUCAUACGGAUAGGGGGAAUUUUUGAACAGACCGAUGGACCUGUGGCUCUCGUGAGCUCUGAGGAGCUGGCCUUUAAAUUUGCAGUUAAUAAUAUCAACAGAAACAGGACGUUGUUGCCCAACACGACGCUAACAUAUGACAUUCAGAGGAUUAACAUCUACGACAGCUUUGAGGCCUCCAGAAAAGCGUGUGACCAGCUGUCUUUAGGUGUAGUCGCCAUAUUUGGGCCGUCUCACAGCUCCUCCUCCAACGCCGUGCAGUCUAUCUGCAAUGCCCUGGAAGUGCCACACAUUCAAGUGCGAUGGAAACACCAUCCGAUGGACAACAGGGACUCGUUUUAUGCUAACCUGUACCCAGAUUACUCUUCUCUUAGCUACGCUAUCUUAGACCUGGUGCAGUUCCUCAAGUGGAAGACAGCCACGGUGGUUUAUGAUGACAGUACAGGAUUGAUCCGGCUUCAGGAGUUAAUAAUGGCUCCGUCCAGAUACAACAUCAGACUGAAGAUCAGACAGCUCCCUAUGGACACUGCAGACACCAGACCUCUGCUCAAGGAAAUGAAGAGAAGCCGCGAGUUUCGCAUUAUCUUCGACUGUAGCCACACAAUGGCAGCACAGAUCCUCAAACAAGCCCAGAUGAUGGGAAUGAUGACAGAGUACUAUCACUACAUCUUCACCACUCUGGAUCUCAUGGCCAUAAACCUGGAGCCAUAUCGCUUCUGCGGUGUCAAUAUGACCGGCUUCCGUAUCCUGAAUGUAGAAAAUCCUCAGGUGGCCGCCAUCCUGGAGAAGUGGUCUCUCGAGAGGCAAAUUCCCCCAAAACCUGACUCUGGCCUCCUGGAAGGGAUCAUGACGACAGAUGCUGCUCUGACGUAUGACGCCGUCCACAUCGUGUCGGUCUCUUACCAGCACGCGCCGCAGAUGACUGUCAACUCGCUGCAGUGUCAUCGGCACAAGCCCUGGAGGUUCGGCGGACGCUUCAUGAGCUUUAUUAAAGAGUCUCAUUGGGACGGGCUGACGGGACGGCUGUGCUUCAACAGAACCACAGGUCUGCGCACAGACUUUGAUCUGGACAUUGUGAGUCUUAAAGAGGACGGCCUUCAAAAGGUGGGCAAAUGGAGUGGAUCCGGGGGUCUGAACAUCACUGAGGUCCCCAGGCAGAACGGCAUGAACAUCACAGAUUCCCUCUCCAACCGCUCGCUGCUCAUCACCACUAUCCUGGAGGAUCCAUACGUCAUGCUGAAGAAGUCUGACAAGGCACUGGUUGGGAAUGACCGCUUUGAGGGCUUCUGUAUCGACCUGCUGAAGGAGCUGGCCAGCAUUCUGGGCUUCUCCUAUGAGAUCCACCUGGUGCAGGACGGCAAGUACGGCUUUCAGGAUGAUAAAGGCCAGUGGAAUGGGAUGAUAAGAGAGCUCAUGGAACAUAGAGCCGAUCUGGCCGUGGCUCCUCUCACCAUCACUUUUGUCCGUGAGAAAGUUAUCGACUUCUCCAAACCCUUUCUGAACACUGGCAUCAGCAUCCUGUACCGCAGACCAAACAGCACCAACAGUGGCUUCUUCUCUUUCCUUAAUCCUAUGACCCCCGACAUCUGGGUCUACAUCCUGCUGGCCUAUUUGGGGGUCAGCUGUGUGCUCUUUGUCAUUGCCAGGUUCAGUCCAUACGAGUGGUACGACGCCCAUCCGUGUAACCCAGGAUCCGAUGUGGUGGAAAACAACUUCACCCUCCUCAACAGCUUCUGGUUUGGCGUGGGCUCCCUCAUGCAGCAAGGAUCCGAGCUGAUGCCCAAAGCUCUCUCCACCCGAAUCAUUGGAGGCAUCUGGUGGUUCUUCACCCUCAUCAUCAUCUCGUCCUACACAGCAAACCUAGCCGCCUUCCUCACCGUGGAGAGAAUGGAUUCACCCGUGGACUCAGCUGAUGAUCUGGCCAAACAGACCAAAAUCGAGUAUGGCGUCGUCAAGGAUGGAGCCACCAUCUCCUUCUUCAAGAAAUCAAGAGUGUCCACGUUUGAGAAGAUGUGGGCUUUCAUGAGCAGUAGACAGAGCACAUCAUUUGUCAAGUCCAUUGAAGAUGGUAUUCAGCGAGUGUUGAAGUCUGACUACGCCCUGCUCAUGGAGUCCACUACUAUUGAAUACGUGACGCGCAGAAACUGCAACCUCACGCAGGUGGGAGGCAUUAUUGACAGCAAAGGUUACGGCAUCGGCACCCCGAAAGGCUCUCCGUACAGAGAUAAGAUCACAAUAGCUAUCCUCAGCAUCUUGGAGGACGGCCGUCUGCACAUGAUCAAAGAGAAAUGGUGGAGCGGCAGCAGUUGCCUGGAUGAUGAGCGCUAUGAGACGGGACCCAUGGGCAUCCAAAAUCUGGGUGGCAUCUUCAUCAUCCUGGCGUCCGGUCUGCUGCUCUCCGUGUUUGUAGCUAUAGGAGAGUUCAUCUACAAGCUGCGCAAAACUGCGGAACGUGAACAGGUCUUUCUGCAGUGCAGUGAUGGACGAGAUCAGACUGUCGUUCACGUCCGAGAGGCGAGUGAAACACAAGCCCCCCCACCAGCCGCAGCCAGCCAUGAAGACGGACGCAGUGAUCAACAUGCACUCUUUCAACGACCGUCGCCUGCCCGGAAAGGACAACAUGAGCUGCAACACCGCGAUGACGCCCGUGUAUCCAUGACGUGCCUGGGUGACGGGCACCUGAGGCACGUCCCGGGCGUGGCGCCGGAGACCAGGGACUACGGCCCCGAGAUGAUCACGGCAUUCACCAUCAACCGCAGAGACAUCCGACACCAACUGAGCAGUCAGAACGGAGGCAGUAACAGCAAACCAGGUAGUGAGCACAUCCUCAAGCCAAUGUAUCCCACCAUGCCACUGCGAGAGGGGGGCCGAUCCGUUUCCUUCCUGUGAGAGCCACAUCUCCCAAACCCUCCGAGUCUGAUGUUUACAACAGCACUCCGACGCAAACGCUGACCAUCUAGAACAACCUGUUUCUCAUUGGAACAUGAUUUGGAAAAAGAGGCUUUUUGGAAGCAUGGCAAUAAUUGAAACUACACAAAGGGAAGUCGUUUUCUUAGAGUAUCAUUUCUUAGAGCACAUCAAUUCAUUUUCAACAGUUCGGACAAGUUUUUUUUUCCUUUUGAUUUGGUCGAAAUGCAGUGUUUGGUCUUUGUGAAUGCGAUGUAGACUAGAUGUACACACGGCAGUGCAGGACUACAGCGGCCAAUGUGAGCUGCCGAAGAUUGGAAACCCCAUCCACUGUAGGCCAUAGCAUCCACCUGCGUUGGUGAAACUGCACAAACAAACAGGGUUGAUUUUUAUUUUCGGUUGAUUUAUAAAGGCGGAACAAUUCCGUACUGCCCGCAAAAUCACUCCACAGUGCUUACACACCAGACUUUUGAUUGAUUUGUGCUUCAUACGUUGCCAGCAGAUGUUUCUUACCCAGCGAGAUCUAAUGGUAAUGACGGAUAAACACAACGGUUGCCAAAGAUCCGUCGCCAAAUGGAUUUAGACACUUGAAACAAAACAAAAUAGCGAAUGACAUCUUGACUCCGCUGUUUGUUAAAUGACUUAUCCUGUACGUCAGACCCUUUUCCAGAUCAAGAAUCCCAAACCCAGAACUGACACAAAUGUACAUGAGCCCAUGUUUGAUGUACACAAUCUGUAGGUGCCGUGGUGUUUGUCAUUCAUGAAGAAGAGAAGGUCUGUGUAAACAGAAACAAAAUUGAGAUCAUCAGUUCACCAAAAUCUCACAGGUAAAUUCAAGUUUCUGGAUUUGGGGAUUAAAUGAUGCAAAAUCACAAAAAACAAGCGAACCAACCCUUUAAAUUAACCCUGAAGUGAGCUCAUCUCAAACACAGUCAUGAUUACAGAAGCUGUGGUCUGUGGCACUUCUGUUGUUAUCCAGCUGGAUUCAGCUCCACUCAUUUCAAGUGUGUGUGCACAUGUCAGAAGCACUUUCUUUAGGUUGUUGGUAUGUCAGGUUGUGAGGUGUAAUAAAGUCGUGUGCAUUGAUCGCAUGCUGGGAAUACAUUUAGGCUGAGGGCCUUUUAGAGUCUAACUGGUCUAACUAGUAAACUGGGCAACAGUACGCUUUUCACGUUUGCAUUAAGACAUCUUCAUACACAGAGACAGAGCAAAACUGCAAUGUGUUUAUAAAUGUAUAUGCGUUUUAGACAUCCACACUGCAAUAGAAUAAAACUGUAUGCUACUGGAGCCGCUCACCAGACAUCCAGAUUCAGACAAGCAUACAUUCACCAUCCAGAAGGUUUCACGUGAUGAUAUUCCACACGUGAAGCACUGCCAUGAUGAGGUGUAGGUGCUACGAGUCUCCACCCACUGCCCUCUCGUGGCAGCUCGACCAAUCACAGGCCUCCGUGAGGUCAACCUAAUGGACAGUGAGGAAAAAAGCAUUUUUGUGUUGAAGAUGUUUUUACGAUGAAUUAUUUACGAUCAGAAAUACCUUCAUUUGACUCGAUGUUUCUUUGGUGAAAGCUCAUUGUACAUGUGUUAUUCAGAUUCUGUGUAGUUUAAUACUCUCUUGCAAAGUAGGGUAUACAUUAGAUGACAAUGACAGACAAAUUACUGUAUUUUGCUAAAUCCUGAUGAUUUUUACCUUCUCUUCUUGAACAUUUCAGGUGUGAUAUAUGAUACAGGCAUGGUAAUAUAGAAUCUAGUCUCAAGUGGAGUUAAUGAACAGCGAUGUAAUGCCCCAGGCCCUCAACUUCAUCACAUUCAGUUUCAUGUCAAGAAGAGCUUGAUAUUAACUCUGUGUGUAAGACCUUAUGUAUUCAUGUCAGAUGUAUAUACAGUAAAGACGUCAUAGAAUAUUCAGAGAAGAACCAGAUGACUGAUUCAUUUACACUUAUCAUGGAGGAUUUCUGUCUUUCUUUCCUUCGUUUGAUAGCCUUGAUAGAUUCUGUACAUUACCCCUUUGUCUGUCCACUUGUUCAGUCUUCUACGUAAAAAAUGUGUAUAUAUCAUAAAGAGGUUCUGUUUCUCUAAAUCUUUUCUGAAAACAUUUUAAUUUGACGAUACAGACCCCUGAAACGACAUGAAACAAUGUCAUUAUGAAUGAAACAGUGAGGCUUAUGAUUUGUUCAACCAAAAAUAACAUGACCUUCAACAUUAGUGUUCUCUAGAGCCAACAUUUGGGUUAUUAGUACUCUUAACUGUGUUUGGCUGAAGACAUGUAGACCUUGAAUUUUAUUUUUGGGUUGACAACUGUUUCAUAGAAUAAUUUACCCAAACCCUCAUCUUUUGUGUUUUAUUUCAUGGGAUGCCAAAGUCUUUUUGAAGAAUCUUCUUGCAGAUAUUAAUCCUACAAACACAUUAAAUCUAAUAAGAAGUUCCAUACAACUAGUAAAAACAAUGUAGAACAAACUGACACAUGGCCCUCAGUUACACGGGAAACAUGAGUGACACAUAAUGAUUUGAAGAGAGCUUUCUAAUAAAGAUACUUCUCUGUUGCCUUCAUUCGACCUUUUAAUGUAGUCUAAAUCUACGAAUAUAGAUGUUUUAAUGUUAUUUUUCACCUGGUAAAGCUGGACAGCCAUUGUCACCUAAACCUUCUGAUUCUUCAAAAGUUCUUUGUGUUCCACAGAAAUAUUAACUGAUGUUAUAGAAGGACACAUGGUUUCUGUUGGGUGAAGCCAUUCUUUUCAUCCAAGUUGACACCUUGUGUGUAGCUCCUAGAGGAUGAUCACAAUUUAUUAUAGAAGACAAAUAGAAUUUGAUCAAAUUAUCUUAUAUUUACACUGUGAUACAUUCUUUGUAACAAUGACUUAGCAGCAUAUUAAUCAUUCACACCUUCAUAUCAACCUGAGUAUAGGACCAUGAAGAACUCAUCCCUACAGUCUCUGUGUGAAAUACAUUACAUCCAGCCUUUACUUUCAGUACUGGAUCAAUCAAUCAAUCCUAUUUACGGAGCAUCUAUUUUAUAAAAGAAGGAAUAAACAAUGUGAACAUUGCUGUUUUACAAAAAUGUAUGAAACAAAAAGAA